CCGCGGUUUUCUUAAAGGGAUUUUUGGAAGAAUUUCUUGAGGUAAGUUAUACCGCUCGUUGCCGCCGUCCGCCCAUCACGUCCUCUUGCCGUCAACACAGGUGCCGCACACCUUUACCUCUGAGACCGUCCAAACUCUUAACAUAAACUGCCAAGUCCGGCGGGGGCUUCAUUGGUAGCUCCAUCCAGUUUUCGGUAUCGAGUUUUCUGUGCUUGCCCCCUUUUUUUAUUAGAAAUGUUUUGAUUUCGGGGUUUUCUGUGUUGUUUUUACUUGUGUGAAAUGGGGUUUCGUUGAUUGAUCAGAAGAGACGUAUCUUCUCCACCUGUAAACUCAUAGGGCAAAGAGGGUUUUUUUUUUUAGUGAUCUGAAGAAAGUUAGCUUCUGUGCCUGUGAAGACAUGGGCAAAGAGGAAAGCCCACAAAUUACCAGAAGAACAACCCGAUCCUCCUCUUCCACCCCCAUUCUAAAGAAUGGCGAGGAAACAACAAAAACAAGUGAACCCCACCCUCUUACAAUCAAUGACCUUGUAUUUGGAGGGGAACCCAUAAAAUUGGAUGAACUACUAUCUAGUUUCCCUGGCAGAAGGAUUCAAAUUCUUGAGCUCAUGCGUCUGUUGGGUCCUUUGAACUCUCCUAUGCUUCCUCUCUUUCUUUAUGGAGGUACCUCUACAGGAAAAACGAGCAUAAUUCUUCAGAUAUUCAGACAUCUCAACCGCCCAUUUGUUUACUCAAGCUGUCUUACAUGUUACAGUCCCCGGAUAUUGUUUGAAUCCAUCAUGAACCAGCUGCUGCUUCAUAGAAAGAAUGCAGACAAUGGUUAUGCGAGCGCAAAGCGCUGUGAAAGGCCAUCUGAUUUUGUUGUUUCCCUUCGGGAAGCAUUAACUAAUGUUUUGAAUACUCUCAAGGAGAACUCAGGGAAAUCAAGCUCAAGGAAGCCGGCGGGACAGGCUAAUGGAAGGAUGAUUUACUUGAUAUUUGACAAUUUGGAGCUUGUUCGAGAAUGGGAUAAAAGUUCUAGUAUAUUGCCAUUUCUCUUUGAGCUUUAUGAUAUUCUAAAUAUGCCUGAGGUGGGUCUAAUCUUUAUCAGUAAGGUGUCACCUGAUGCAUAUUACUCAGAUAGAGGUUAUGUUGAACCUAUCCCGAUUCUUUUUCCUGAUUAUACAGAGGAUAGUCUUCGCCAAAUCUUCAUGAGGAACCAAGCAAACCCAAAGCUCUAUUCCUCUUUUCUUGAUGUUGUAUUAAGGACUUUCUCUAGAAUUACUAGACGGGUUGAUGAGUUAUCUACUGCCUUUUCACCAUUAUUUAAAAAAUACUGUGAACCCUUGAGUGAUCCUGGACUUGUUCCCAAUGAAGACAUGAAGAGAAAGCUGUUUAGCCACCUUCAACCACAUCUUGCUCCUGCUCUGAAUGAAAUAUUUAAAGUUCAAUCUCAGCCUUCCCCUGAAGUUGAAGCCAAGCAGGAGAAAGUGAAGCGGAAAAGCAAUGCAAACAAAUUGGGAGGUCGUGAAGCUUUUGAUGAGAUCGAUUUCCAUAUGUCUACUUCUGCAAAAUAUCUUAUUAUUUCGGCAUUCCUUGCUUCAAGAAACCCAGCUACCCUUGAUGCAUCACUAUUUGAUUCCACUGGGGGUUCGGAUAAUCGGAAACGAAAGAGGAAGAGUUCUGAAAAAUCAAUGGAGCAGAAAGAAACAGCAGAGCAGGAAUUGCUUAUGAAGGGACCUGGAACUUUCCCAUUGGAGAGAUUAUUGGCCAUAUUUCAGUGUCUCACAUCUGUGGUAGAAAGUUCACUGGGUGAAGACCAACAAAUAAAUGAAGGCUUGGGAGCUGGUAAUGGGGAUAGUGGUCUAAUGUCUGAUGUUCUUUUGCAGCUAUCCAGUCUCUGUAAUGCUAAUUUUAUUAGCAAAGGAGGGAGUUGCCCAUUAGAAGGCUCAACCCGAUACCGAGCUACCAUUUCUGAAGAUCUGGCUCUGAAGGUAGCAAGGAGCCUAAAGUUCCCUCUCUCGAAGUACUUGUAUAGAGGAUAAUAUCUGAGGCGGAAAGCUAUUUGUAGUGGGCUCAAAUUAUUCUCAGGGGUCUGUCAAAGAGAAAAUCGAGAAGAAUAAGGUCAUAUAGCUGGUAACUUUGAAUUCGAACAGCUGCCAGAAUGCUGAACCAUGAUUGUCAUUUUCAGUACACAUGGUUUGAUGAUUGAAAAAAGUUGGUAACGAGGGAGAAACAACUAGAGAAAAGAAGAAUGAUGCAUUGAUCCAAAUAAUCUAUAUGUCUGCUCUCCAUGUAUUGCAAUUUACUAGAGAGUUUAGCUAAUCAUACUCAUGUCUAAUUCUGUUUCUCCUGUUUUGUAGAAUUUUAGCUUCAAAGAAAGGAAUGUGCUGAAUUUUCUACUCAUCCUUGUAAACUUUUCGACUCCCUUGUUACCAUUACUCCCACAUCAUGCUCAUGACACAUCUCAUUUUUAGUUUGAUUGAACUUGAAAUUAUUACAUAGUGA